ACUACCACCAAAUUGACGCAAGCGGCGUUACCAGCAACCAAUGGAAUCACUCACGACACGCAAUAAACAUAUUAUUUGUAGUCUUAACCAGUUUGUUCUUGCUGUAACUUGUAAAUGUGAGGUUAGUUUGAAAACUAAUCAAAAAUAAUUUAAAUAAAUAAUUUGUAACAUUAUUGUAUUAACAAAAACAAGCAUUAUUAGGUAAGCCGUGCAUAAGUAUGUGCGUAUACCUGAUGAAUUAAUAAGUUUGAUGGUCAUUUUGUGAUUAAAUCAAGGAUGGGUUGUGUUAUUUUCAUCGAAGGAUGAGCCAAUAAUCAACGUUUAUUGUUGUUGACGCGAAAAGUGCACUUUAAGUGAUAUAUUUGUUAAUUUUGAAAAAAAGUACGAGAUUCCACGAGGUUAACAUGGCAGAUCGUCUGACCCAAUUGCAAGAUACAAUCAAUCAGCAAGCAGAGUAUUUUUGCAACAGCGUUGGAAUCUUGCAGCAGUAUUCCACUCCUAGCAAGUUUCCAGGAUUCGACAGAAUAAACACACCACAGCAGUUAAAUCAACCGCAAGAAGACUAUGCUGCUCUGUUUGCAACGCUGAUAGCAAGGUGUGCUAAGGACAUUGACACGCUCAUCGACAGUCUACCCAGCGAGGAAUCAUCCCAAGAACUGCAGGUGGCAAGUCUCAACAGAUUAGAGCAAGAGAACCAAGAGGCAGCCGAAAAACUCGAAGAGGUCGUUAAACAAGGUGAGGCGCUUUUACAGAAAAUACAGGCAGCGCUGCAAGACAUUGCCCAAAGUCAGCUCGACAUGCAAAACCCUACUGCCAAUACUGCCAUUAGCUCGGCUCAGCCCCUCAACAUGAGCAGUAUUGGAGGCAAUGUAAAUAUCAACGCUGGGUCCAUUCGCACGAAAUCCACGUAAAUCCUAUGUACUGGAUAUAUUAUACAGUACAGAUAACACCUUGAGUGUGUGUGGGUAGUAUCAUUAUUGUUUACCUGAAUAUUAUAAGCCCAACAUCACAUAUAAUGUGGAUAAUGUUUUCACAACUACGUUUGGCAAGUAAAUUAAUUCAUCUGCAUUUGAGACGUGCAAAAAGUGAUUUUUAUUGAAAAAUUUUCAUAAUCAUUAAUAUUAAAUAUUCAUUUCCGACAUAAUAAUGAACAUGACAUUUAAUUCAAAUAUAAUUGAAAAAAAUUUUUAUGUUAACAAUUACGUCAAACGGUUGAAUCAAACACUAACUAUAGGUGAAUGUAUGAUAAAAUUUGUAAAUAUAAAUUUAGAAACUUUAAUGUAUUUCAUAAAAUAUAAAUAAUAUUCUCAAAAU